AGUUCACAACACAGCCCGCCCAUCUUCUCUUGGAUUUAUCUACCAGUUGGUGUCCUAACCUUUGCACCAUUAUAUUCUUUAUUCUUUUUCCUCUUCUUAUCAAGCCAGCUUUUGUCUGCAACUUUUAUUCAAGAAAAGUUUUUUUAACUCAGAUCUCGAAGUUUCAGAAAACAAGGAUGAAGAAAGUUGUGUUGAAAUUGGAAUUUGUCGAUGAGAAAAUCAAGCAAAAAGCCAUGAAAACAGUCUCUGGCCUCUCAGGGGUUGAAUCCAUUGCCAUGGAUCCAAAGGACAAGAAGCUGACAAUAACCGGGGACGUAGAUCCGGUUAAGGUGGCGGCCAAACUGAGGAAGCUCUGUGGUACAGAAAUUGUGUCGGUCGGGCCGGCAAAAGAGCCUGAGAAGAAAAAAGAAGAACCCAAAAAAGAGGAAGGCAAGAAAGAUGAUGGUAAGAAAGGAGAUGACAAGAAAAACGAUGGUCCAAAAGAAGUUUUACAACUGCCAAUGGCCUAUCAUCCAUAUUUUCAUAACCAACAACCUUAUUAUCAUCAACAUCCACCACCUUCAUAUUAUGUUAGAAGUGUGGAGGAGGAUCCCAAUUCAUGUGUUAUUUGUUGAAAACUAGGAUUUGAUUCAUAAAUGAAUGUCUUGGAUGUUUGGGACCUUUGAUCUUUGUUCAUAGAGCUUUAUUUAAUUUUGGUUUUGUUUUA